CCAAGGAUUUCUCAUCCCUCCCAUGCUCCCGACUGCGUUAUCAUCCCCGGUGGAGGCGGCCUGAAGUGCCUGGGUUGCAUAACGCACACCCACGCCUUUCCCGCAAUUUCGGUACAGAGACGCGCUCGACGCUGUGGUAUCCCAAGAACCGUUCACGAAAAGCGACCGGCAUCUUGACUCGCACUACCGGCAGGUCGGCAUCGCGUGGCCAUCAACCGCGACUUCAUCUCACUGGUCCGCGGCGAAUCUUGCAGCCCAAACAUCUGGCGGUGAAUGGUUAGCUUGCUGGGCCGAUCAGCCGCUGCCGGCAGCAAGGAGGAGCCCUGAUAUCAGAAGUAGCCGUGGCGGUAUGUGACUUGAGCUUGCGAUCAUGGAGAGCCUGGACGCGGUUACUAGAUAUGGCCACACUCGACGGAAAGGCAACCCUAAGGUUCUUUUCAUGGGCAUGAGAAGGAGUGGGAAGUCCUCAAUUCAGAAAGUCUUGUUCGAAAAGCUAUCUCCUGCCGACACGCUCUUUCUAGAGCCGACAAGCAAGAUUGAAUCGGCUGCAAUGGAUUCAUUCAUGAGGCUGGAAAGCUCGGAGCUACCAACUAACAUCUCUUAUGUAUCGCCCGAUUUCGAUCGUGAGGCAGUGUUUGGCUCAGUCGGCGCUGUGGUGUGGGUAAUCGAUAUUCAAGAUGAGUAUUUCAACAGUAUCAGCCAUCUGAUACAGACGGCCACCUUCCUCUUAGACCAUUAUCCCCGCAUCAACUUCGAAGUCUUCAUCCACAAGAUCGAUGGGCUGUCCGAAGAGUACAAAUACGACACUUAUCGAGAUGUACGACAACGAGUCCAGGACGAGUUGUCAGAUGCCGGCUAUGCUGGACGAGGAGUGGCAUUCUACCAGACCAGCAUCUUCGAUCAUUCAAUCUAUGAGGCCAUGAGUAAGGUUGUGCAAAAGCUGCUUCCGCAAUUGCCUGCCAUGGAAGCUUUGCUUAACAAGCUUUGCGCAAGCUGUCGAAUUCAAAAGGCAUACCUGUUUGAUACGACAAGCAAGAUCUACCUUGCGACCGAUGCUAGCCCCACCUUUCUGAAAGACUAUGAAGUCUGCUCUGACUAUGUCGAUGUAAUUGUCGACAUCAAGCAGAUAUACGGCUGGGAGCCAAAGAGCCGUGACGGAGAAUCGACAGCGAACAGUGAUGAUGGUCAUGGAAGCGCGCCGAGCGAGAGCUUGAUCACCUAUGACAAGAGCGGCAACACUUAUAUCUACGCCAGAGAAAUCAACGAAUACCUUUCACUGAUAUGUGUGAUGGGACAAGGUAGCACGGCGGAUAAAAGAGUGUUGAUCGAUUACAAUGUCAGCAUCUUGAAUGAUGCUUUGCAAAAGAUGUUCAAGUUGUGAUGAACUGUACUUGUAGCUCAGCUGAGGAUGCGUGUAUCGAUACGCAAAGCACGUGUACAUAAGCACGAAAGAAAACGCUUUCUGUCGUUCG